UCACAUUGUAGCUGGGGUUCUCUUCAAAUAUACUUUUACUUUACCUCCUUGUACCUUUCGUUUGCUUGUUGGAGUUGCUGUGACUUGUUGUUUGAUUUUAGGCACACUCACUUCCCAGUGGUCGGUGAUACAAUCGCUUGACUAAGAAGCUCAUAGAGUGAGUUGAGGGUGGCACUCAACGUGUAAUACUUCGAAUUAAGAUAUACAUAUAUAAGUAGAUACAGGUUCCAAGAGAUUGGCACAGAUGUAUUCAUUUGAAGCAAAUCAUCCCAAACGUUUAUAGGCCAAAAUCAAGCUGUCCAACAACACAUCAGGUUCAACCCAACAAUCAUGUUAUUCUCCACACUUAUUACUUCCUCUUUCGCGGUCCUCGCAUUAGCAAUCCCCUUGAGACCCCGCUCUGUAUAUGAUAUUGCUGUCGAUGAAGUCUCACCGACCCCUCUGAUUGAAUGGUCAGACACAAAAAGAAUCGCAAGAACAACUGCCGACGAAGGAGAAGCUUCACUUGCCCCAAUAAUCGAGUGGGCAGAUACAAAGAAGACCGCAAGAACUGUCUCCGACGAAGAAGAAAUAUCACCUACACCCCUCAUUGAAUGGGCAAAUUCUAGCAAGGCUUAGAUGUUAACCAAUCUUGGCUUCGAUUGCCAUGCCAUCCUUUGCUCGUGUGCAACAAUGCCAUUGAAGCGCAUACGGUUUUCAGGUCGAUUAUACCGUUUGGCUGGCUAUCGGGAUAUAGGAUGGAUUUUGUCAGUCAAGAAUCAGGAAGGCUUCCAAUCAAUGCAAGGUCGAUAGAAUACACUUUUUUCAAAGAAGUUGGAAAUUAUCUGCUUCUGCUUUUCAUACAUGCAAGGCUCAAGAAUGCAAAUUAUGAUGCUUUCACCAGUUCUUGUGUCAUCGUCCACUACUUUUUAUAGACUCCGUAGCUGCUUAGGCUGCGCAAUAGUAUGUGCGAGGCGAAUCAUGGGUUUGGUGAAUAGCUUGCGGAGAAA